AUGCUCGAAUCCUCCUUGGACCUCGUCGCAGCACAACAAGCCGCUCUCGAUGCCUUUCGAGGCGGUCCAGAGAACAACUCCGCCAGCGCUAAACUUCGCGUCGAGAAUCUUCACUAUGACCUGACGGAGGAUGAUUUGGAUGACCUCUUCAAUCGAAUCGGACCAGUUGUGAAGCUUUCACUCACAUACGAUCGUGCGGGCCGCUCUGAGGGCAUCGCCUACGUUACCUACGAGUUCCCUGAGGAUGCAUCGAAAGCCAUUCGCGAGUUCGAUGGUGCAAAUGCAAAGGGACAACCAAUUCGCUUGAUCUCUAUCCCCUCUGGUCCUUCUGCUGGACGCCGAAAUCCAGGACCUGCGCCAGCUUCCAAAGGCUCCUUGUUUGACCGAAUCACACUCCCAGCAGGUCAACCCCGCUCAGACUCACCAAUCCGCCAUUCAGACGUCAGUGGACCGCCACCAAGCAACGUCGAUCGUUAUGUCCCAGGCCGAGGCAGUCGUUCCCGCAGCCCUCGUCCGCGCCAAAGGGAAGGGAGGCGCCCAGGUGCUAGGAGAGAGCGAGGAGAGAGACGAGGUGGUGGACGUGGAGGUGGAGAGCGUCUCGCUCGGGACGGAAGACCUAAGAAGACACAAGAAGAGCUUGAUGCAGAGAUGGAAGAUUACUGGGGAGCGAAGGAGAAUGGCGCUGAUGGUGCCGGGGUGACCGCUGAGGCUGAUAUCGAGAUGGUGGAAUAAGUCAACGUGGGUAGAGAGGGUAUUUGCAUUUGAGCACUCAAUUGGUCUUGUAGAUGAGUUCUGGCUGGCUCCUUUUUCAAGACACUUCACGGCUAAGAGACUUCUUGUAUUAACCAUGCACGAAAAUUCAACUCGCUUCUAUAGCUGUUGCUUGGCACGCUCAUUGUAUAAGUGCGGUGCCAAGAGAAGCCCGUCCUUUGUUCCUAAUACCAAAAAGCUCCCCUGAAAUCAUUGUUUCUAUUUCUGGAGUAACACUCCUUAGAAUAGGAAAGGGGAGAUCAACGACUUUGACAAUGCAUCUUUGAAGCAUUCUGCAUUGUUGAGUUCACAAUGUACUGUACCAGCUUGGAAUCGUUUACUCAACCUCAGCCGUCGUCUCUCUUCACUACUGUUCUUCAACACUUC